UUCUGUCAAAGAGCCUCUGUGCGGGGCCCUGAAUUGCGUCCGUGGUGGAAAAUUCUCAUCUGGGAUUUGAGUGCGCACGGCCUGAAAACCUGGCAGUCCACACACUUGAUCAGUGACUUCAGCUCCCUCACACUUCACAAACAGCAGGUUUACACAUUCAACACACAGUGACAGUAGUCUGGGCCCUGUCAGCCAAUCACAGCCCCGAGGAGCCACCCCCCUGCAGUGGGUGGGAGAGCUGCUCAAGCACAACUCUGUUUCAGGACACACAAGUUUGAGUUGGUGGUUUGGACAACUUUUAGGCUUGCCCAUUUUAUUGUAAACAUUACACAGAGUUUUUUCUGGCCAGUUCAAAAUGGCUGAACUUGUGAGAAUACGAAGGAAAAGGCUCCAGGUGCCCAUCUCUAGACUCAGGAGUAUGCUCAAGCAGCUCGAAGAGAAAGAGGUCAACUUUGAGGAAAUUAAAAAUAACUUGGAUAUUACGGCAUCUUUGCUGGAGGCGGUGUACCUCGAUGGAACGAGGCAGUGUCUAGAGUCAGAGGACGACUUACAGCAGUUACAGUCCGAUGGAGUUCCUUCAGAAGUCACAGACUGGCUCGCCUCCACCUUCACUCAGAAGAUCAGACGUCCUCUCAGAAGAUCAGAUGAAAAACCCAAGUUUCGCAGCAUCGUUCAUGCAGUGCAGGCCGGAAUAUUUGUUGAAAGAAUGUUCAAGAGGACCUACACGGCGGCGCUCCCAGACCAGCCCUCAGCGGUCGUAAACUGUCUCAGGGACUUGGACCGCUGGAGUUUUGACGUGUUUGCCCUGAGCUCGGCCAGUUCAGAUCACGCUCUUCACACCAUCGUGUUUGAGCUCAUCGCCCGAUACGACCUCAACAACAGAUUUAAGAUCCCCAUCUCGUAUCUGACCGAGUUCCUGUCUGCUCUGGAGAGAGGAUACUGCAAACACAAUAACCCGUACCACAACCACCUGCACGCCGCCGAUGUGACCCAGACCCUCCACUGUCUGCUGCUGCGCUCUGGACUCGUGCACUGGUUGACGGAGCUUGAAGUAAUGGCAUCUUUAUUUGCUGCAGCGAUCCAUGACUUCGAGCACACAGGAACAACAAACAACUUUCACGUCCACACAAAGUCGGAGUUUGCACUGAUCUACAACGACCGGUCAGUUCAGGAAAGUCACCACCUCAGCGCCGCGUUUCGACUCCUGCAGAAUGACCACAUGAAUAUAUUUUUAAACUUAACACGAGAAGAAUGGAUGGAGAUGCGAGCGCUGGUCAUAGAGAUGGUUCUGGCGACUGACAUGUCGUCCCACCUGCUCCAAGUCAAAGCCAUGAAGUCGUGUCUGCAGCAACAGGAGCGGAUAGACAAGGCCAAAGCACUUUCUCUUCUGCUUCACACUGCUGAUAUCAGCCAUCCGUCCAAACCCUGGGGACUUCAUUCUCGCUGGACAAAAGCCCUGAUGGAGGAGUUCUUCAGGCAGGGUGACAGAGAGGCAGAGCUCGGGCUGCCCUUCUCUCCGCUGUGCGACCGUAAAACCACACUGGUGGCUGACUCACAGAUUGGUUUCAUAGACUUUAUAGUGUACCCCUCGUUCUCUCUCCUGACCGACAUGGCUGAGAAAAUUGUCAUUCCUUUGGUGGAGGAGAACCCCGGGCCUCCAGAUCCUUGCAACAGGCACAGUAAUUUGUGGAAGGAGAGCUCCAGAGGGCUGCAGUGGAGCCUGGCUCACAUCACGGCAGAACUGGUCAGCUUCCGCUCCACUUGGACACGGCACACGGAAGACAACAAGCUCAAAUGGAAAGAGAGUGCCUCCAACGGAUUUCGAGACGCCACUGUGACGAGAGAUGAGAAAAGUAAACAAGAUCAAUCGGAAAACACGAUACAGAGCUUGUCUACAACAACACAGUAGAUUUUUUAUGACUAUAAUGAAAGAAAGAUCCACCUGAAACGACGCGAUUAUAAUCAGAGGUGGGUAGAACUCAGAUACUUUUACACAGCUACAGCUACUUGAAGAAAUUACACAGUGCCUGGGCAAAAAAAAAAAAGUCACCACCUGGAUUUAACUGAGCAAAAACGUACAAGCUUCUUUUUGGAUAAUUACUGCGUGAGCAAUUAUCUUUCAGCUGCAAAAGAAAAGAUGUUAGUCUGUCUGAGGAGGGUCAAAUCAUUGGCAUUCAGCAGAGAAAACAUCUUAGGUGCUGCAGAAACGACUCAAAUUGGGUUAAGAACUGUCCAUCGCAUGAUUAAAAACUGGAAGAACCCAUCGUCUUCAGACUGGACCGUCAUCAAUGCAAGAUCUUGGUGAAAAAUGAACUGAUUCUGAUACUGUAGCUUUAAGGAUCUGACUGAAAACAGGAUUUAUUUACUUAAAAUAAGAAUAAAAUAAGGCAAAACUGAUCCAAACGUGUUGUGUAGCUGUUAUUAAUCUCCCACGUAACAAUAUUCAAACAUUAUGAGGCUUCCUGGGCCAAUUCUGAUCUGUAAAUAAUCUUAUUUCUCAUUAAAUCACUAUAUAUGUCCAACCAGGAUAUCGAUGGAAACGAUAUUUGGAAAUAGGAUUGUAUCGGUGCAUUCCUACGUUCCACCAGCCUGUUUAACUGUAACAAAUAUUUUUCUUAAUUCAGGUUUUGCUGGACGUUUGACUGCACAGAGGGCGUGGUCUGGGGUCUUUGGGACAUUUCCGCAUUUUCUUUUGAGAUCAAACCUCCUUGUCAAAGCCUGAUCUUAUCGUGUGUGACCUUUUUUUUUUUUUUUUUUGGCCAGGCAGUUUACUUUUCAAAAUUUCUGACGCUAAUUCUUCUACAAAAGGACGUCUACGAGUGACAAAAGCUUUAAGUUGACGAUAUUACAUGAGUUUAACAUUUGUGCUUCUUCAGAUGUUUGUUUUUUUGUAUUUUUUUUGUCUGAUUAAAACAACUCAAAAAACACAAAUCUGAUUUUAAAUACGUUUUACAUCCAAACUGUUUCUCCAAAUACUUUUUUACUAAUUACUUUGGCUCUUCCUUUUUCCACUUGAGUAAUAUUUAUUAAGUAAUAUUCAUGUUGUGAGUCACUCUACCCACCUCUGUUUAUAAUAAAACCAUUACAUAAUUACAUAUAUACUGUAGACUUUUUGCUAACACCAUGUUGAAGCGAGAGGUAAUAGUUGAAAAGAUGUCAUGUCUUAUGUGUAUAAUAUAAAUGUUAAUUUAAACAGUGUACAUGCGGGCCAUGUUUUACAGAGAUAGUGCUUAUUCUACUUGAGAAACGUGUAAUGUAAUCUUUUUAGGACAUGCACAUGGAAAUAACUAAGCAAUAAAUGCAGAAAUAUUUGGUU